CCGUCCCAUCCCAGCCCGUCCUGUCCUGUCCCGUGCCGUGCCGGCAGGAGAGCAGAGCCAUGCUGCACUGGGGAUACGACGAGCACAACGGGCCUGCCCACUGGAAGGAGGUUUUUCCUGUCGCUAAUGGAGACCGUCAGUCACCCAUUGACAUCAAAACUGAGGAAACCAAGUAUGAUCCCUCCCUCCGUCCUCUAAAUCCCAGUUAUGAUCCAGCUUCUGCUAAAAUCAUCCUUAACAACGGGCACUCCACCAGUGUGGAGUUUGAUGACACCGUCAACAAAUCAGCACUGGAACUGGGCUUUGAAGUCUGUAACUGUUUGUUGCUGACUGGGGGGCCACUCAGCGGGACCUACAGGCUGCGCCAGAUCCACUUCCACUGGGGGUCCAAUGAUGAAGCUGGCUCUGAGCACACGGUGGAUGGGAUGAAGUAUGCGGCAGAGCUUCAUGUGGUCCAUUGGAAUGCAGAGAAGUAUUCCAGUUUUGUUGAAGCAGCUUGUCAGUCAGAUGGACUAGCAGUUAUGGCUGUAUUUCUGAAGAUUGGUGAAUGCAACCCUCAGCUGAACAAGAUUACUGACCGCUUGGACACCAUCAGAAUCAAGGGGAAAAAAGCACUAUUUACAAACUUUGAUCCCAGCUGUCUGCUUCCCAAGUCCCUGGACUACUGGACUUACUUUGGCUCUCUCACUGUUCCACCUCUUCUUGAGAGUGUCAUCUGGAUUGUUCUGAGAGAGCCCAUAAGUGUUUGUUCUGAACAGCUGGCCAAAUUCCGCAGCCUCCUGAGCACUGCUGAGGAUGAGGUCGCCUGCUGCUUGCUGAGAAACUUCCGGCCUCCCCAGCCCCUGAGGGGACGAGAAGUCAGAAGGAAUUGA